AUUUAUCAUAUAUAGAAGCAAUUUCAUUAGAUUUGUAGCAAAAUUUCCCUGAGUGACCAAUGAAAAAUAUUAUUGAUUGAUUAGUCUUGUCUGGUGUUGAUUUCCUGAAAAAUGAAAAUUUUUGAAUCAAUUUAGAAUUUGCAGAAUAAACUAAUGUCAGUGGCCAAUCCUAACUUAAGUAAGGUCUCAAUGACUCGAGUGGAUGCAGCUGGAAAGACAGAUGAGCUUAAGAUUCGAAUGAAUAUGAAGUUGGCUCCAAAGACCAUCACUGGGAUAUCGAACACAUUGAAUAAAGGGGCGUGUGAUUGGGGCUAUCAAGGGUUUCUGGCAUAUGGGUGCCAAAGUCUUGUUGUGAUAUUUGAUCCCAAGACUAUACAGAUUGUGCAAGCACUAGACAAACACAGAUCAACUGUUGUCAAGGUGAAAUGGAUGCGAGAGAACUACCAUCAUGACAUCACAAGUCCUUACACACUGCGUGUAGCAUCAGCUGAUGCCAGUGGACGCAUAAUUGUCUGGGACGUGGCCUCAGCAGCUAUCAGGGCUGAAUUCUCUGAUGGAUCUAGACCUAUUGCAGACCUAGAAUGGCUGAAGUGGCAGGAUGCCUCUCAUGACCUGCUAGCCGCACUCCACCCACCAUCUACACUUGUGCUCUGGAAUGCGGACACUGGAACUAAACUUUGGAAGAAAUCCUAUACUGAGACUUUACAGGCAUUUGCUUUUGAUCCAUUUGAAUUUUCUAAAUUAGCAUUCCUUGGUUCAGACUGUAUCCUGUUUGUGGAUGACUUCAACAUAAGCAAAGCCCCUUCCAGUAAUGGCAAGAAGUUCUACAUCUCCAGUCCAAGUUCGCAAGCUGCUGCCACACCCACUGGAUCCAACGCAUCCUCUUCAUUUGACAAAAAAGGAUCGAAAUCCAUAACCAAGAGGAUGACAAAAGUUCUUAUUGGAAGUGAACCCAAACAACAAAAGUCCCCAGAGGAGGACUCUGUUAUGUUGAAUGACUGUGUACAGUUAGCAUUCCAUGAGGCAUGUAGGAACCAUCUCAUCUUAAUGUAUCCAAGAGAAAUCCUCAUCCUUGACCUUGAUAUAAACCAGACAGUAGGAAUCAUCCCAAUUGAACGCACAGGUUCCCCCUUUGUGCAGCUGAUUCCUCUAUGGCAACGUGAUGCUCUGAUAUGUCUUCAUGAGAAUGCCAGUAUCAGUGUCCGUGUACGUCGUCAUGCCAACAAGCCAUCUGCAAGCCCAGCAGAAGUAGACACAAGAAGUUCUAUAGGAUCAAUGGCGUCUCUAGAUGACAGCCCUAUACACCAAAGCCAGGAUGUGACGUAUGACCUUAGGUGCCAGUCAGACAACAUGAGGGUCACCAAGAAUAACAAGGUGUUAAACAUUGCUGCGUGCCCAGUCACAGAGAACAAGGUUGUACUAAUCAUGAGUGAUAGUAGGGUAUUACUAUGGGAGAUAAAGACGGUUGAUUACAUGAAUACGUCAUCCAAUUCCACACAACAGCAGCUGCUAUCUCCACUCUAUACCCCUGGUCUGUCUGAUGUUGCUUUCACCUUCCCAUCUGACCCCCCUCCUGAGUCCCCCCUCCCCUUUACCUCCACAGUGCCCCACCCCAAACAGUGUCUCGCUGACCAAAUCGGGCAGGCCCAACAGUUUGUCAAGGAGUAUCAAUCGGGCACUGCUAAACAUGGAGUGAUGCUACGGUUCAUGCUCACAGGAUUUUUGAAUGGGGCAGCACAGCCCCCUCUAGUGGUGAAAAUGUGCCCACCACUAACAACAAAGAAUUGGAAUGUGUAUCAACCUCUUUUAGCUUGUGGGACCAAUUCAGGGUCAGUUCAAGUGUUCAACCUGACAAGUGGACAGUUGGUUAGGGAGUACAACAUGCACACUGCCCCAGUCAGGGGUAUAGAAUGGGUGAGUCUUCAUGGGUUCCUUACAUACGCAUUCCCCAACCCCGGCUCCAGUGGUACUACUAAGAAUGAACUAAUCAUGUUGGACACUCUCACAGGCAAAACAACUCAUUUCCGCCAGAAUCGUGAUGAAGAAAGUCCAAUAGAAAUGGUUCGUGUGUCACACCUCAAGCAGUACUUUGUUGUCCUAUUCAAGGAGAAACCCCUGGAGUUAUGGGAUCUUAGGUCAGGCGUCUUAUUGAGAGAAAUGCCUAAGAAUUUUCCACAUGUUACUGCACUGGAAUGGUCACCAUCUCACAACUUGAAGUCAUUGAAGAAGAGACCAACUCAGCCAGACAUAUCUACAUCAAUGUCUUCAAGUACAAGCCAGAUUGACAUCUCUCUCACAUCAAGUGUAUCAGACAACCUCGCCAGAUCUGACUCUACAAUGUCUAGUUCCAACAUCUCAGCCAGAGAACACUUUGUCUUCACAGAUGCUGAUGGAUUGCUCUAUCACUUUAUAGUGGAAGGGAAUAUGAUUAAGGAUGGCUCUAAAAUACCACCAGAUGGUGGUAUGGGCAGUAUCACAUGUAUAGCGUGGAAGGGAGACACUAUGGUACUAGGGGAUGUUGAUGGAAACCUCAACCUAUGGGACCUAAAGGCAAGAGUUUCAAGAGCUGUUCCAACCCAUAGAGGAUGGAUAAAGAAAGUCAAGUUUGGUCCAGGGCGUGGCAACAACAAAUUACUAGUCCUUUACAAUGAUGGUGUAGAUAUAUGGGAUACGAAAGAGGUAGAAGUAGUGACAUCUAUAAAGUCACCCAGAGAUCUACCAAAGAUUCAUGAUGCAGACUGGGCAGCUUCAGAUAAACCUGUGCUGUCGUGCGCUGAUGGAUGUCUCAGAGUGACUGAUAUUAAGAUGAAGAAUAGCAGCUCCCCUAUGGAGGAAUAUCUCCUAACUGAGCCGUUGUUCAGCCCACAUCUUCUACCACCUAAGGUUGGACUAACAUUGAAGUAUACGCUACAGCAUCAGCCAUGGAACAGCAAAUAUACCUUACAACUGAGCAACCUGCCUGAGGAAUGCAAAGACAUGCAGGCCUUAGUGAAUGACCAGUUAGCCCUACUUGAGAGUGAUGUCCUGGACUACUUGCCUCACUGUCAGUUUGGUACAGCUCAAAGAUGCCUUCUGGUUGCUAGAUUGUUUGGAGAUGAAUCUGAGAUGAAUUUCUGGACACUAGCGCUACAUUAUCUCCGUGCUGAGAAAGCUGAUCCUUCCAGUAAGGUCUCUACACCUAUGUCCCACUCAGACUCUGGAGAUCUGUUUAUACCUCGUGCAGAGAGCCAAGAUCUUGUACAAUUGGAGGAUAAAUCAACACUAGAAUGGAGCUUCAUCAAAGACAAACCACUAGAGACCUGCUAUGAUGUCCUCAUUGAUAACAAAAGCUUCCAGCAAAAGGAACUAGAUCGUGUUUCAUUACAUGAUAGUAAAAGAGCCACAUAUGAACACACAAGAAAGAGUGUAGAAACCCUCAUCUUACUAGGCCAGGCAGACAGGGCUGUACAGCUCCUGUUAGAGACUGAUGCAGAGAAUGAUGGUUAUUACGUGGAUUCACUGCGAGCCUGUCUUGUAGCCAGUGUCAGAUCCUCAGGAGCAUCACAGAGUACAAUUAAGCUAGUCGCGACAAAUCUUAUUGCCAAUGGAAAGCUAUCAGAGGGUGUCCAGCUGUUGUGUCUUAUAGACAAAGCUGUUGAUGCAUGUAGGUAUCUCCAAACAUAUGGUCAAUGGUACCAGGCAGCCUGGCUUGCCAAAUCAUCACUUUCAUACACGGAGAGUUGUGAGGUCAUGAGACGAUGGGCGGACCAUUUAGCGAGUUCACAAGUCAACCAAAAGAGCAAGGCAGUGUUGGUGUUACUGUCGCUAUGUAGGUUCACCAAAGUAAUAGAGAUGCUGUACCAGUGCAGGCACUUUGACAGGGCAGCUCUUUUCCUUGAGGCCUGCCUAGAAUUUGGUCUCAUCACAAAGACUGAUACAAACAGGAGUCUAUUUGAGGCAGUGUACCUGGAGUAUGGUAGGCUAAUGAUGAACUUGGGCAACAAGGUGGCAUCAGAGUUCUACUGUAAACAGGCUGGAGAGAAGGGAGAACAACUGUUGAAGGAGGUCAACAUACUCUAUGAGAACUGAACUCUGUGGCAUUGGAAAAUAUGAUUCAAAACACAUUGUCCCAUGAUUCUUAUGCUAGAAGAGUGGGUAGAAGAGUAGCUUUUGGAGACAAGCUUGAACACAGCAUGAGCAA